AUAUAAGUCAAAAGAUUAUCAUUGUUGGAAAUGGAAGAGAAAACAAUGGAAAGAAAAGCAGAGGAAAAAACAUGUCCACAUGUGCUAAUCUUCCCAUGUCCAGCACAGGGACAUGUAAACUCAAUGCUAAAGCUAGCUGAACUUCUUGCACUUCAAAAUAUGAACAUCACAUUCCUCAACACAGAAUACAUACACAACCGUCUCAUUCGUUUCAAUGAUAGUAUUCAAGCUCUUUCAUUAACCUAUCCUAAGUUUCAAUUCAAAACCAUCCCUGAUUUUCAUGAUGAGGAGAAACAUCCUGGAUUUGGAGAAAAAAUAGGGGAUGUAAUUAUGUCAUUGAGUUUGAAUGGUAAGCCUUAUUUAAGAGACAUGAUUGUGUCUGAGGUACCAAAAAUAAGUUGCAUUAUUUUGGAUGGAGUUUUUGGAGAUCUUGUCACUGAUUUGGCUUCUGAGUUUGGAAUACAAUUGAUUCAUUUUCGUACCAUAAGUGCUUGUUGCUUUUGGGCUUAUUUAUGUGUUCCCAAGCUCUUGGAGUCUAAUGAAAUUCCCAUUAGAGGGGACGAAGACAUGGAUCGCAUCAUAAGAAAUGCUCCAGGAAUGGAAAAUGUGCUAAGGUGUAGAGAUCUUCCAAGUUUCUUCCGAGAAAACAAACACAAUCUUAGUUUAGACAAACUUGUAGUUCGAACCCAACAAUCAUUUAAAGCAAAUGCACUUAUACUAAACACAUUCGAGGAUUUAGAAUCUCCAAUCCUUUCCCAAAUUCGCCUUCACUUCCCCAAACUCUACACUAUUGGCCCUCUUCACCACCACCUUAAUAAUACCAAAAAAACAACAACAACCUUAAUUAACAGCAAUUUAUUUCAAGUGGAUAGAACAUGCAUGACGUGGCUUGAUUCUCAACCGUUGAAAUCAGUUAUAUAUGUUAGCUUUGGAAGUACUACACCAAUGAAGAGUGAAGAAGUCAUUGAGAUUUGGCACGGUUUAAUGAAUAGCGAAAAACGUUUUUUGUGGGUGAUUAGACCAAACAUGGUACAAGGAAAAGAAGUACUAUUAAAAGAGCUUGAGGAAAAGACAAAAGAGAGAGGGUUAAUUGUGGGGUGGGUCCCACAAGAGGAAGUGUUGGCCCACAAAGCAAUUGGGGCUUUUUUGACACAUAGUGGAUGGAAUUCUACUUUGGAGAGUGUGGUUUGUGGGGUUCCCAUGAUUUGUUGGCCUUUUUUUGCGGAUCAACAAAUAAAUAGUAGGUUUGUGAGUGAGGUUUGGAAAAUUGGGUUAGAUAUGAAGGAUGUUUGUGAUAGGAAGGUUGUGGAAAAUAUGGUAAAUGAUCUUAUGGUGAAUAGAAAAGAAGAGUUUUUAAAAUCAGCUAUGGAAAUGUCUAAGUUGUCAUGCAAGAGUGUGAGUCCUUCUGGAUCCUCCUACGAUAAUUUUCAAGCUCUGAUUUGGUAUAUAAGGUCUACUAAUCCAUAAAAUAAGAUGGUUGAAGUUUAAGUUGUCCCAAAAAACACACUAAGAUGCACACAAUUUGGUGAAUUUUCCAAAUGCAUAAUUCCAACUUAAUAUUGAGGGUGAGGAGGUAGUGCCAUUAAAUAUUUUGAUUACUUGAAGAGAAGUUAACUUCUCUAUGGAACCUUAUUUCCAACUUGGGGCUUUUUUUUAGCGUUUUUGAAUGGACCAUUGAGAACAUGUGCUUAGGUUUGUUUAGGUUUAUUUGUAUUUGUUUAUUUCCAACUUGAACCUUAUUUUAUUAAUGUUGAGGUUUGUUUAGGUUUA